AUGGGGUGGGGUGCGAAGGGGAGAAUGAGGAGGUAUGUUUUGAGAGUGUUUGUGUCGGCGAAGCACGUGACGGCGAACGUGGUGCAGUGGAAGGAGGGGAGGGUGGUGGCCAGUGCUUCGAGCGUGGAGCACGCGGUGAGGGGCGCGUUCGAGUGGGGGAAGGGGUGUGACGCGAGGGUGGCAGCGGCGGUGGGGGAGGUGGUGGCGAUGCGGCUGAAGACAGAGGCGCCGGAGGUGGGAGUCCACUUUGACGCUGAGAAGGAGAUCGAGAAGAAGAGUGUGGACAACGGGGAGAAGGUGUGGGUGGUGGUUAACACCUUGAGGAACAGAGGGGUCAAGGUUUUCGUUACCGGUGAUCGUAAUUCAGGUUCGCAUUGA